AUGCAGUGGUCUCGUUCUCUCUCAUCCUAUUCUAUCCAGUCCAAGCAUGAUCGAAAGUUUUCCGGUUCUGACAUCGGUAUUAGGAAAGAUAAUCGGCUCUCGUCUGGCGUGUGCAGAAAUCCAUUACACAGGCCCACUUCAACUAAACUUGGACCUACGCACCACUUCUAUUGCUCUUUGCCCACAGUCGCAUCCAUCCGACAAACAACAAAUCAAUCAGAGACGUACUUGGUGGAUCUGCGAUGCCAGUUCUCGUGUCCGCGCUAUGAACAGAGCCUGUGCCUCUUUCCUGGAACACUCAAUGCGUUGCAGAGUGCCGAUGCAAAAGGUGCCUGCUCUCCCCGAUCCACUUUGGGCCUGAACCACCACAUCUCGUCCCUUCAUUAUCUCACCGAAGGCACGCUGUUGAACCAACGACGGUUUCUCGAAACCUGCUCACCCAUGUGCAAACAAGAGGGUUAUUAA